ACCCCUCCCCUGCGGUGGAGAGAUUUAUGGUGGCCCCCUGCUCCUCUCUAAUGUCACUUCACACCUCUCAGAGCCUGAGCUGUCAGGGGUCCACACGGCCGCAGGAGAAUGGCAUCAACAAACAAGGGAAUCUUGGAGCGUCUCGAUGCGGGGGAAGUUGUCAUCGGAGACGGGGGCUUCGUGUUUGCUCUGGAGAAGAGGGGCUACGUGAAGGCUGGACCCUGGACCCCUGAAGCUGCUGCAGAGCAUCCCGAGGCUGUGCGACAGCUGCACAGGGAGUUCCUGCGGGCUGGAUCCAACGUCAUGCAGACCUUCACCUUCUACGCCAGUGACGACAAGCUGGAGAACAGAGGCAACAAGCUCACCUUCACCGGAGCUCAGAUCAACGAGGCCGCCUGCGAUUUGGCCCGAGAGGUCGCCAACGAGGGCGACGCUCUGGUUGCAGGAGGGGUGUCCCAGACACCGUCCUAUCUGAGCUGCAAGAGCGAGAAGGAGGUGAAGGCCACCUUCAAGAAACAGCUUGACGUCUUCAUCAAGAAGAACGUUGACUUCCUCAUAGCUGAGUAUUUUGAACACGUUGAAGAGGCUGUGUGGGCCGUGGAGGUGCUGAAGGAGACGGGGAAGCCUGUGGCAGCAUCGCUGUGUGUUGGACCUGAAGGGGACAUGCACGGUGUCCCCCCUGGAGAGUGUGCCGUCAGGCUCGUCAAAGCCGGAGCCCAGAUUGUGGGGGUUAACUGCCACUUUGACCCGUUGACCUGUGUGAAGACUGUCAAGAUGAUGAAAGAGGGAGUAGAGAAGGCCGGUCUGAAGGCUCACUACAUGGUGCAGCCGCUAGCGUACCACACUCCGGACUGCAACUGUCAGGGAUUCAUCGACUUGCCGGAGUUUCCCUUUGGGCUGGAGCCCAGAAUACUGACCCGCUGGGACAUGCACAAGUAUGCCCGAGACGCCUACAACGCCGGCAUCCGAUUUAUUGGUGGCUGCUGUGGGUUUGAGCCCUAUCACAUCAGGGCUGUGGCAGAAGAGCUAGCCCCUGAGAGAGGCUUCCUUCCAGCUGCAUCAGAGAAACAUGGUACCUGGGGAGCUGGUCUGGAGAUGCACACUAAACCUUGGGUUAGAGCCAGAGCCCGCCGUGACUACUGGGAGAACCUGAAACCAGCCUCAGGUCGUCCACUGUGUCCCUCCAUGUCCAGCCCUGAUGGUUGGGGUGUCACCAAGGGCCACGCUGAUCUUCUGCAGCAGAAAGAGGCCACCACUAAGGACCAGCUCAAACAGCUGUUCGACAGAUCAAAGACCCACUGAUUCAGUUCAUCGUAUUCACAUCUGGCAGCAGCCCCGCUUCAAACAGGGCUGUGAAGCUUCCGCCCUUUUGUGAUGUAGCAUGUGUUUAUAGACUGGUGACCAGCACAGCAUCAAGCAGUACCUUACAUGAGACUGCUCUGUUCUGUACAUCUGUUAUGCUAACUGCAGAAAUGAAACCAAAGUGUCUCAUGUUGGCUCACGCUGGAGUAGGGACCUGCUUGUUUUCUGUAACCUGGGACCAGUUUGAUAAAUAAAAUGUCUAAUAAAAAACAAAAAGAAGAAUAUUCCUAAACAGCA